AUGGGCUACCGCAAGUUCAAGGCCGAUUUGGCUGCCGCAAAGGAGGCAAAAUACGAUCGCAUCUCGCGCCUCCGCGGUGGUGACUCGGAAGGCGAGAUCACUUUCCUCUACGAGCAUGAUGAGCCAUUUUGCCAAGUCGAGAUCCAAAUCUCCAUUCAAGACGUCGAAAACUACCCCGAUAGUCGCCAAGUGUUGCUAUUCACUGCCUCCGACGAUGUUGACAAGGGUCUCAUCGGCCGCCUUCAGAAAACGGCACCUCACCUCGUCAGAAAGUCUAUCCAUGGAGUCAUUACGGAAUUCUCGAGGCAGAUGGCCACUUCCAAAUGUGAACCACCCGCUGAAGGUCCCACUGAAGCUACAUCUCCGGAUUCGGAAGACGAGCACACCCCUUCAUUGCAGUCAGAGCCCUGGGGAGAGUCUGAUCUGGAGUCGGAUGAUGAUGACGGGGCAUUUGUCGACAGUCGCCGCCUCUCCACGAAGACGGAAGAGCAUGCACCAGUAGACAUCCAGCAGAGAGAUGCUACGGAACAGCAGCGAAAAGACUUGCUUCAAGCAAUGCGUCGUGGAUUCGCCGUCGGCAUCAAUGACCACCGCGAGUACCAGCUCGGCGACAUCUUAUCCUUGGCCGUAAAGGUCUCGGAGUUGGGACUCACAGACAAUGGCCUUGCCUGGGGCUUAAAGCCCACCGACUACGUUGUGAUGCUCUUGAAAUUCCCCCAUGGUUACCCUUCGCCUUCAGAGUACCAGAACCUUCGUGGUAAGCAGUCAGUUGCCUGUGUUCGGUUUGGCAAAUGCUGCUCCGCGAAACCGUCCAACGUCUCUGCCCAGGCAGCUUUUCACGACGACCCUAUUGAUAUCGACCGCGCCAGUGAUGCAAAAGCCAAGGCCUCAGCACGGCAUACCGUACAUGACUCGGCAGAAUUCAUCCCACUGUAUCUCUUCAGCUCCAUCACGAAGCUUCUCAACGAAGACUUCCCGACCCUGUUGCAUACGCGGAGAGACCAUGGGAUCUCAUGGAGCGCGGCGCGAAUCUUGCUUCACCGUAAAUCGGAAGGCGCACAUAUUCGAGACGACACAUUCCGCUCCAGCACAGUAGACCACGUCGCCGAAGCCAAGUUGAAGGAUGAACAACCAUCAUCAGCACCCACCCACUGGGUCCUAUCCCAAGACGAUGCUCUAGUGGAGGAAGAACAAUUCAACAUUCCCUUGGUGCUCAUGCAGUUUGCACUACAGAGCAUCAUUAAGAGUGGCAAGUUCUGCAUCAACUGCCACGAACAUCUGGAGGAGGGUUUUGAGGCCAUGAAGCCGUAUGUCUGCUCACGCCCAUUGUGUCUCCACCAGUACUUUUCAUCGGGCCUUGGCCCAAGCAUCGAACACGACAUACUCACGGCCCCUUACGUCGUCGAUCUGGUCGUCAGCUUCUUCUAUGCGGCGGCCUUGGGUAAUCGAAUCCGCGAGUUGCCUACUGGACUCGGACUUAAGACAUUCCGACCUGGCACUCCCACAGCCCCAAACCAUGAUCACGAGGCAGAGGUCUGUUUUGCGACAAGAGUCGCGAAAUGUCAUUUUGCUCAUCCAAGGUUCCAGUCAGGAGAGAGACUUUUGAUGGUUGUCAGGGAUGGGAAAUUCAAUGCCGGCAUGCCAAUCUUAUCAAGCCCAGUUGCCGAGAGACACCUAUGUGAGGUCAAAGAUGUAGGUAUGCAUGGGUUCGAUUUCAACAUCCUCCAGACCUGGACAUCAAAUUUAGGAGACUUGGUCAAGUCCCCGGAUGCGAAAUCGGGAGCGUCAUCACCGGAAAAAAAGUGGAAAAGUGUAUACAUUUUCCGCUGCACUCAUGAGUUCGAUGAUCUCAGAGACAGUGAGCGUUAUAUCGCGUUGCUAAUCAUGGCCUGUGGCAUCCCGCCUGUCACCAAAAUGAGGGAGUUUCUGCAGGCGAAUCCCGCGCAGAAGUUGUCUUCUUGGUCUCGCCUUGACCAUCCGACUUACAAACUGCUGCAUUGGAUUGUUGCCUCCAACAGAUCACUGAUUGUGUACGAUGAUCACGGGAGCGGUAUAGAAACCCUGGGCGGAACCAAAGUCAUCGGAAUGCCGGAAGGUUGGAUGCAAUUUCGAUUCCUACAAGGCUCCCCGGAGAAGGAGCUCAGAUUCAUGGAGCAGAUAGCAUCGGCGUUUCCCGAAGAUCCAGAAUCUCCCUCCAUGGUGAUCCCGACCUUGUUCGCCUUCCAUGGCAGCCCAUUGGGGAACUGGCACAGCAUUAUUCGAUCCAGUCUUGACCACACCAAGACAGAGCACGGGCGGUCCUACGGCAACGGUGUCUAUCUCAGCAACAAGUUUGAUACAAGUAUCCUGUACUGCAAGCCCAAGACCAACAUGGGUUCACCAGGUAGCCCCAUGAUGGAUGAUCACUGGCCACGUUCGGUGCUGAAGGUUGCUUCCGCGAUUGCCAUUUGUGAAGUGAUCAAUCGGCCAGCUGAUUUUGUGUCUGUGAACCCACAUUACGUGGUCAAGGAUAUUGACUGGAUCCAGUGCAGAUAUCUCUUCGUCAAGGUUGGGGAGGCCGUGCCCAAGAUUGAUACGCCAAUCAUGUCUCAGAAUUCUCUGGGAUAUCUCAGACAAGAUGCUAGCCGGAAGCUCCACGGCAAGUUGGAGAUUCUAAUCCCAACAUCGGCAAUCCCCGUUUCUCGGCUCAGGAUGUUCCCGCACCUCACCGCUGGAGGUCUUGCAAUUGAAUGGGCAAAUAAGUCAGGCUCCCAAGAGGAGAGUGAGACCUUCGAAGGGGAAGACUUGGACGGUAUAUUCGAUUCCUCUGGUGAAAAGAGUGAAUAG